GGAAUCCUCCCUCCAUGGCACUUCCCCCGCUAUUUCCGCUGGGAAACCGGAGGUCCCUCCCCGACGCCGGAAGCGCAGCGUCCUCACUUCCUCAGAGUCUCUCGAGACGCAGUGGAGACUGGUUUCCGGCCCCGGGUGGGCGCGGACUUGGCUCGGUGCGCGCUCCGGAGCUGGGUCCCGGGAGCGCGGUCCUGCGGGCCGCUUGCGCGGGGAUCCGGGACUGCGGCCGCGCGAGGAGAGCGCCGAUCUGGGUGCCAGGCAGGUGCAAGGCCAUGAACGGCACGGCGAACCCGCUGCUGGAUCGGGAGGAGCACUGCCUGAGGCUGGGGGAGAGCUUCGAGAAACGGCCGCGGACCUCCUUCCACACUAUUCGCUAUGAUUUUAAGCCAGCAUCGAUAGAUACCUCCUGUGAAGGAGAGCUCCAGGUUGGCAAAGGAGAUGAAGUCACAAUUACACUGCCACAUAUCCCUGGGUCCACACCACCGAUGACCGUGUUCAAAGGGAACAAACGGCCUUAUCAGAAAGACUGUGUGCUCAUUAUCAAUCAUGACACUGGAGAGUAUGUGCUGGAGAAGCUCAGCAGCAGCAUUCAGGUCAAGAAGACGAGAGCCGAGGGGAGCAGUAAAAUCCAAGCCCGAAUGGAACAGCAGCCUGUUCGUCCCCCACAGCCACCACAGCCACCCCCUCCUCCACCACCCAUGCCGUUCCGAGCCCCAACGAAGCCUCCAGCUGGACCUAAAACUUCUCCCUUGAAGGAUAACCCCUCACCUGAGCCCCAGCUGGAUGACAUCAAAAGAGAGCUGCGGGCUGAGGUUGACAUCAUUGAGCAGAUGAGCAGCAGCAGUGGGAGCAGUUCCUCCGACUCCGAGAGCUCCUCGGCGGCCAGCGACGACGACAGCUCCAGCAGCGGAGCAGAGGACCAUGGCCCGGCCUCUCCUCCGCAGCCUUCACAUCAGCAGGCCUACGGCAGCAGGCCUGCAGUGGCCAAUGGAACCAGCCGGCCCCAAGGAAGCGCUCAGCUCAUGAAUACGCUCAGAAAUGACUUGCAGUUAAGUGAGUCUGGCAGUGACAGUGAUGACUAGCACUGGCUUUUGAAAUCUGCUUUCUGUACGCAGACACGCUGCAAGACCCAGCUACUUCUGCUGGGACUCUGCGCCACAGGAGGAUGUUGCGAAGCAGAGCCUGGAGGAGGAGUUAAGGCCUGGAAGCAUUCAGAUACUCAGUCUUUAACUUGGUGGUGGUGGGUGAUUUUCUCAUGUAAUUCUUGAACAAUCUCUUGUUUCAGAGUUUAAGUAGAUCUAUAGGAGAACUAAUGGAAUUCUGUUUCCCUGUGGUUAACAUUAUUAAUGAAAAAUUGAACAAUGCACCCUGGUCUAGAUUAUUCAAAACUCAUGUCUUCACCAGGCCAGUAAUUCAGCAGCCAUCAGUUUGGCCAGAUGGUUUGUACCAGUAAAGGGUUAUAGAAAGAAAGGAGUUCUUCAAACUGUGUCAUAGAAAUACAUUAAGACCACUUUACAUCUUUGACAUGAGGUGGUAAGGAAGUUUUAUGUGACCCAGUUUGACAAGACCAUAGAGGUGGACCUUGACAGAGUCUUUGGGUCAGUUGGUGUGUGUGUAUGUGUAUGUGUAUGUGCCUGUGAGUACUGGAAAUCCAGUACUCUGUGUGUGUGUGUGUGUGUGUGUGUGUGUGUGUGUGUGUGUGUGUGUGUGUGUGUGUGUGUGUGUUUGCGCGCGCGCGCUGGAAAUCCAGUAGCUCAGUUCAGCACAGCUAGGAAAGGAAGCACACAGCAGGGAAUGGCCAGUCACCUGUCCCGGUACAAGCUUUGCUCACUACUUCUCCUCUGAAUUACACUUGCUGCUGUCAGAUUUUUCUGCACAGAACUCUGUCAGAUUCCAAAAGACAAAAGCGUUGCUGACGUUUAUCUUGGAUUCAGACUCAGGCAGUUCCUGUGUAUGCGAGGCAGAGUGAGCAGGUUAAAUCAGCACCUGCCAUGCUGACACACAUCCUCAGCUCAUCUGAGGCCUGUGGGUUCAUGUGGAUCCAUCCCUUAGGUGUUCUUCAUUCCACAGAUGUUAGCAGAGGUUAGGAAUCAAAGAGGGAUGGAGUGAAGAGACCUCUGAACAGAUGAACCAGCAGCAAGUCUCCACGGACAGGCCUCCAGUCAGGAGUUCUGCAGAUAGGUCAGUCUUCAGGAGCUCUGUUUAUGCUUUUGUGCCUGACUCCCAGACUGGUUGGUAUUUUUAUAGAAGAGAAUCACAAGAUUGCAGUGUGCCACUUCCAAAUGACCGUUCUUGCUGGAAAUUGGUCACUAGUCAAUGUUCCAUAUUGAGGAAGUGUGUGGUGACUUAUAUGUCACUGCCCAUUCUAGUUAGAAUGAAUAUAUCGUAGGAAAUUCCUGUCUUUGCUUUACAUUUGCUUUCCCUGGGUUCCUCUACUCAUAUACCCCUUUCUUCUGAGUAGUGGAGGGAGGUGGUCUGGACCUAGAAAGGAAAUGGCUGGUCCGUGGUGGGGGCUUAGGUUAGAGUCAUACCGUGUAGAUCAACUGUUUGAUCCACACAGAGAUUGAAGUGAUCUGAGAUGGGGCAGAAGCCAUUGCCUAGCAGCACAUCUACACCACUCUGCCCAAGUACAGGUGUAGAGGGUGUGUGCACUGGUACGUUGGGCUGGGUUUCAGCCCAUUGGGGGAUGCUCGGUGGAUUUCCAGUGGCAGAUGGGAACCUCUUGAUAGUAAACUGAUAAUUGCUUUAUAAUUCUUUGGUAAUGACAGCUCAGGGAAGGUGAAGGUUAUGAUUGGGUGACUUGAAUUGUCACUGGAUGUGAGAAUUGAAUUGUCUUACUGCUCUUAACCUGUUAACAUUGGGGCAGGUUUCAAGAACUUGAACUAAAAAUAACUAUUUAAGUAUCCCCUUGCCCUGCUUUUCUCCAAAAGCCCUGGUUUGUGGAGACAGAACUGUGGUGUUAGGAUGCUGGUCAGUGACUGUUUGUAUAGAAAGUACUUGCAUGUGGCACUGGGCUUGAUUAGUCGAGCUUUCUGAGCCUCAGACUCCACUGAGUCUGGCCUACCCAGCACCACAUUCCUUUGUUGGCUCCAGUUUUUCUGUCUGCACAAAUCCUUCAGUGGUCCUAUCUCCUUUUCCCACCACAGUAAGAAAGCCAUUUUUGAAUAUCCAGAAUGUAGCCUCUACAUUGAUGAUGACAAUGAUGACCUCUCAGGGGUAUCCUUGUGCCAACCAAAUGGCUUCCUUCCUGUCUCUGUGCCUUUGCUGUCCCCUCUUCUUCACUCACUCAGCCUUCUCCAGAGCUCCUCAGGCACCAUCGUCACCAACUCUUCAUUUCUUUCAACCUUUGGGCUAUGCUGUGGUGUGCAUACCUGGUCUCUGGUUGGCAGGAGCACCUCAAAAUUAGGGACUGUCAUCACAGAGCUAGACAUACACAUGCUCCUAGCUUGGUAGGGGGGAGGCUGAGAUAACUAACUAGUUAAGGACUGAGGAUAAACAUAGGGGAAACUGUCCAGGCAUUGAGACAAAGCUAAUGCUUUGACUACCCCUGCAAGUCCCUGCUGAAUUCUUUCUUAAAUUACCUUUUCUUUGCUCUAUGCAACGUUGGCCACUUGGGUGAGGUGGGAAAACUAAUUCUACAAAGAAGCCAUGGCAAUCCUUGGAAAAUUGUUGGGGAAAUGCAAUACAAAUAAACUAAAGAUUUGUAAUAAUGCCACUGGUUAAUUUAUUUCUGUAGCAGAAUAAUUUUCUGUAUGGGUGGUGUGCUGCAGUAAUAAGGAAACUUGAAAAUUCCAAAGUCCUUCCUUCUCUUUUUUGAGAGUCUGGUUUAGUUUCGUGUGUGUGUGUGUGUGUGUGUGUGUGUGUGUGUGUGUGUGUGUGUGUGUGUGUGUGUGUGUGUGAAUGGCAUAUUUAUUACAUUAUUUUGGAAGAGAAUUAUUUGUCUGUUUUGUAGAUAUGUAUUAAGAACAGCCAAAGUGGAUCUUUCCACUUGGCAAGGAACAUAGACUUUCUAAGACUCAGGCCUUAACCAGUAGCUUGGAAGACCAACUCAAGUGUUAGGAAAUGUAUGUUUUUGUUGUCUCUGUUAUUUCUGUCUUAGAUUCCUUGUCUCCUUUAAUAAUAUUUAAAAUCUUGUGCCUACAAAUUCAUUUUGCUUAAUUCUGAUGUAGACAUGCAUGUUUACAUUUAUAUUUGCUGUGUAGUCUCUUCAAGAGGAAUAUAUUUAAAUAAAAAUGAAGGUCAGCAAUAUA